ACAUGAAUAUGUUUACUGUCAGUCGGUUCGUUUAGCUGUCAUCAUGUCAAAAUUGUUUGUAAAUUUGUUUUGCCCAAUCACAAAAGUGGAUUCCAGUUAGUCUGUACAGUUGCCAGCAACUGAGCAGAAGAUGCGUAUCCAAGAGUUGCACGCCUAAACGAUCCCAGUCGCAGCAACGCCAAGCAACGUCAUCCAAGGGGCAAACGAACCAGUUCAUCAACAAGAUGGCCAACAAGGAGUCACCAGCUGAGGUCCAGCGUAUGCGACAACUGCUCCAGCAGUUCGACCAGUGCGACGAUGGCAAGAUUGAGCUGUCGCAGCUGGGCGACUGCCUGCGAGUGCUGGGCGCCAAUCCCAGCGAGAGGUGCGUACAACAGCACGUCCGGCAGCUGCGUGCUGGCCAUAUUGAGCGCGUGCCCUACGACGAGGUCCUGUCGAUCUAUGCGAGCAUCGUCUCAUCGGCUCGGAAGGCAGCCAAGGAGAGCGGGCCAGGCACGAUGGCCGAACAGCUCAUAUUGGGCCUGCGAUUCUUCGAUGAGCACAAUACUGGCUUCAUAUCAGCGGCCAGGCUUGCACGAGUCCUGACCACCUGUGGCGAGCGCCUGUCCAAGGAGGAGAUGAACGAGCUCUUGGUCGGUCACGUCAACGAUCAGGGCUUGGUCAACUAUGUGGAAUUCGUUCAUGCACUUACAUCAUUCAAAUAGGCCUUGGCAUUAUUCAAUGUAUUAACUCAUUCCACACACAUGCAAUAGCCAGGAAAUACAAAUGA